AUGAUACUAGGUAGUGGUGGUAGCCGACUAGUGCUGCAGAAUCGAAUGAAAAUCAUUACCCGCAAGCUUCGAUUUUCGCCCCGUCGUCGCUAUUACUGUGCCGUCGGGUGUGCUACCGUCGUCGUGCUGGUGUUGUUCGGAGUGGUCGCAUAUCUACUGACGGGCGUUUACUACUGUUUCGAUGUGCUCGUUGAGUGGAAAAUUUCAAAAACAUGCAACCAGUACUACAGCAAUGAAAUCACGGGCUACAUGUGCCCGGAGCUCUGUGCCGGAGACACGAUAUCGGAGUUCCGGUGCCCUUCCACCGACCAGGCGAUGCUUCAUCCUGCGCAUCCUAACCGUUUCUUGGCGCGCAAAGCCCAACAGUUCGUAGUGCUGAAGCAUGCGGUACCGGAUGCGAGCUAUGAGAAGCUCUCCUGGAUCGAUAGUCACCGGCGGGAGGAACACUUCCCAACGGAAUCCGAGUACGUUGGCAUCGUGCGACGUUACAUUGCGUUGCAGUACGAUUUGCAGUUACCCUUCGAUAAGCUAAACAAUUUGCUCAAGCUGAAGAACAAGAACAAUCACGUCCUGUUCCACGCCAGCAUGCGCAACAGCUGGAACCUUAUACAAAACAACGAGUACCUGCUGAGUCGACUGUACGAGGAGAAGGAAAUCUUUCCGCAGGUGAUCGGUACCUGCGGCGAUCUGUUCAUCACCGAGCUGCUGGAGACGGUCGAGUUCGACGAGCGGCGGUAUCACUUUACGAAUCACAUUGAUCUGUCCAAGUGGCGGUACCACAUCAAGGUGGCCGUCCUGAUACUGGACUAUCUGGAGGAGAUGGCUCAGAAUAGGUUCCAGAUGUGUUCGGUUAUACUGGCCGGGUUCGGUAUCAGCGACAGUCGCAUGAAAUACCACGAUCUCCGGUACAUUAUUCCGGAGGCGUCGAUCGAUCGUAAGCUUUCGGAUGGACGUUCGUGCCAGUCGGAUAACGAUUGCUUCUACUACGAUUGCCGGACCCGUUGCAACACGACAGUCCAUCAGUGUACAACCCGGUUGCUGAACAACAACCUGCAGAUUGUUUGCGAGAAGAUAUUCCGCGGAACUGCCGGUGAACCAGGCAUCUUGGUGACGGAGAAAAGCCCGAACCGUUUGUUGCGUAUCCUGGAGCGUUGUGCACACCCCGUCAGCAAGGCGGACACAGACAAGAAACGCCCGUGGGGCGCAUCGAAUCUGGUGAAAAAACAGCUGUACAACGAGCUGACGAGCAUCUACGAGCAGCUUGCCUCCUCGAUCUACUCCUAAUCCUACAAUGGAGACCACGACAGGGCACGACUCGGGUCAGUAGCCAAUUGCAUUGAUAAUC